AACCAGAACCCAAAAAAGGAGUUCACGAAGAUUAUUCUCCUCUUUCUACAAGAAGCCUGCCUCUGCCUAAGCCUUUGCCCCUUAUCUAGAAACUGCUGCUGUUGUUGGAUCAAUUCUUCUUCUUCUUCUUUUUUUUCUUGGUUCCUUCUCUAACUCAGCCCCUGAAAAUUGAGCCGUUAGCAUCACCCCGGAUCAGCCGGACACGUUUCAGACCCAACCAGUCAACAGUUAACAUCUCAAUUAGAACUCGGGUUUUUUUAGCACGGGCACCGUCACCGUCGUAGUCAUAAUCAGAGCCAUUGAUUCUGUGGGAAGAAGGAAGAAGCAGUAAUGGAGAAAUCGGUUUUUGUUAAAGAUGUUCAACAACUCGAUGGAAAUCUCCCUCACUCUUUUUCUUUUGCUUCUCAAAGACAUGUAACUUACAGCUGUGGUUCUUGUGGGUAUGAGCUAAACCUAAGUUCCUCUAGUCGAAAUACUGCAACAAUUGGCUCUAAAUAUGGAAAAUCUAUAAAACGAGGGAUUAUAUCAUUCUUCACUGUAGACGAGAGCAGAUUUACACAAGUUGAUGAGUUCCAAUGCAUUCCCUACUUUUCGAAGAACACAUGGGGUUUGUUCCGCCAAAGAACCAAACUUCUUUGCCGCAAGUGUGGCAACCACAUUGGAAAUGCUUACGAUGAUAAAACUUCAGGCUACCCUGUUGUCUUAGAUGGAUCUGAUUCAUCAACUGGUAAUGAAGUUUCUGGCCAUAGAAAAUAUGAUGUUAGAAUCCGUGCCCUACUGCCUUCGUCUGCUGAAGAACUUGGCACUCCACUUUUUGUGUGACUUACUAGUGCUGUUUUCAUUAUUGGUGGUCAUCCAAUUGUAUAAUCAAUGAGGAUUAUUCUGAGGGGGUUUGUGUGGGAUUAGUAUUGUCUAUAGUUGUUUUGAGUCCUUUCAUUCUAUGUUUUCUUUGUUGUUGUUUUUGUUAAUGGUCCUCUACAUACUUCAUGGUAACUCAUGUACAUAGAAGUAUCUAAAAGGAAAGUAGUGUGGGGUUUUGAAAGAGUUGAAUGGGCUGAGCAAAGUAAUGUCACUACCCAAAUUUGAAUGUAAACGAAUUAAGUAAAGUGUUUUUGGGCCAUUGAAUUGACUCAUUGGAAUUA